GGGAGGAGGAGGAGGGGGGAGGGGGAGGGGGCUCUUCUCUUCUCUUCAUCUGGAAAGCAGAGUGUUUCAGUGUUUCGGUGUUUUCGGAGGAGCUGGUUGCCACGGAGCAGGACUCAGCGAUCGCAGCCCAGCUUCAGCCUCGUCUGGAGGCACAGUGGUGGAAUUGUGCUACUGCUGGCCAGGAGGGAACCGACAUGGCUCUCCAUCUACAACUGCUCCCAUCACCACGGCAACCAUCACUCCCGCUGCUGAUGUUGGUUGCUUCAUUCCGUGGCAGUACAGGCAGCCAGAAGACUGUUCUCCAUGAGGAGAAGUAGAAGAUGCCGGCUCUGCCAGCUCUGCUGCUGUCGAUUCACUUCCUGGUUGUCCUGCUACUGACCAUAGCACACCAGUCUCUCAGCCAGACCCCACUGGUGCCUACCGUACGGAUGGCGGCGCUCCUUGAUGACCCGUCACAGUGUGGGCGUGGCGAGCGUCUGGCUCUGGCUUUGGCACGGGAGAACAUCAACAGCAUGAUGCAGGGGCCGUCACGAGCACGCGUGGAGGUGGAUAUCUACCAGCUGCACGGAGACUCUCAGUACGACACCACUGAAAUCAUGUGCCAGGUCCUGCCCAAGGGGGUGGUCUCUGUGAUAGGCCCCGCCUCCAGCCCCGCCUCUGGUUCCACUGUUAGUCACAUCUGUGGUGAGAAGGAGAUUCCUCACGUGAAGAUAGGUCCUGAGGAGUCUCCACGGCUACCGUACCUGCAUUUUGCCUCUGUGAGUCUGUAUCCUAGCAACGAGGAUCUGAGCCUAGCCAUUGCUGCCAUGCUGCAGUCCUUCAGCUCUCCAUCAGCUAGUCUGGUCUGCGCCAGAGCCGAGUGCCUACUGCAACUGGAAGAGCUGGUCAGACGCUUUCUGAUCUCCAAGGAGACGCUGUCAAUCAGGAUGCUGGAUGAGGAUCUAGACCCCACCCCCCUGCUGAAGGAGAUCCGAGACCACAAGGUGGCGACCAUCAUCAUCAACGCCAACGCAUCACUGUCCUACCUCAUCCUUAAGAGGGCCUCGGAGCUGGGGAUGACAUCAGCAUUUUACAAGUACAUCCUCACUACCAUGGACUUCGCCCUGUUGAAUCUGGAUGAUAUAGUGGCUGAUCAGUCCAACAUCAUGGGUUUCUCCAUGUUCAACAGCAGCCAUCCUUUCUACAUGGAGUUCAUGCGCAGCCUCAAGCUCUCCUGGAGAGAAGGCUGUGACCAGAGCCCUUACCCCGGACCUGCGCUGUCGUCGGCGCUGCUGUUUGACGCGGUGCACGUAGUGGUCGGGGCGGUGCGGGAGCUCAACCGCAGUCAGGAGAUCGGUGUGAGGCCCCUCAGCUGCAGCUCACCGCAGAUCUGGCAACACGGCACCAGUCUCAUGAACUACCUGCGCAUGGUAGAGUAUGAUGGCCUGACAGGUCGUGUGGAGUUCAACAGUAGAGGUCAGAGGACCAACUACACGCUCCACAUCCUGGAGAAGCACCACGGAGGUCACAGAGAGGUCGGGGUCUGGUACUCCAACAACACCCUAGCCAUGAACUCCACCUCUAUAGACAAGAGUGCCUCAGACACGGUGGCCAACAAGACUCUCAUCGUGACCACUAUACUGGAGAACCCGUACGUGAUGCGGCGUGUGAGCCACCAGGAGCUGCAGGGAAACGAGCGCUUCGAGGGCUUCUGUGUGGACAUGCUGAGGGAGAUGGCCGACAUCCUCAAGUUCUCCUUCACCAUCAAGCUGGUGGACGACGGGCGCUACGGAGCGCCGGGGCUCAACGGAACCUGGACCGGCAUGGUGGGGGAACUCAUCAGCCGGAAGGCUGAUUUGGCUGUGGCUGGCUUCACCAUUACCUCGGAGAGAGAGAAGGUCAUCGACUUCUCCAAACCCUUCAUGACCCUUGGGAUCAGCAUUAUUUACCGAGUUCACACAGGGCGUACUCCAGGGUAUUUCUCCUUCCUGGACCCUUUCUCUCCUGCUGUGUGGCUCUUCAUGCUGUUGGCCUACCUGGCAGUGAGCUGCGUCCUGUUCCUGGCUGCCAG